UGGUCUGUGUUCUCCCUCUAGUCUCUCUCUACCCUCCCUCCCUGGUCUGUGUUCUCUCUCUAGACUCUCUCUACACUCCCUCCCUGGUCUGUGGUCUCCAUCUACUCUCCCUCCCUGGUCUGUGUUCUCCCUCUAGCCUCUCUCUACCCUCCCUCCCCGGUCUGUGUUCUCCCUCUAGCCUCUCUCUAACCUCCCUCCCUGGUCUGUGUUCUCCCUCUAGUGUCAGAGUUAGUGUUAAACACCACAUGAUUAACACAGUUUUAAUGUACUGUACGUCACAACUGUAUUCAUACUGUACCUCAUUACUGUAUUUCUACUGUACCUCAUUACUGUAUUUCUACUGUACUUCAUUUCUGUAUUUCUACUGUACUUCAUUACUAUAUUUCUGCUGUACUUCAUUACUUUAUUUCUACUGUUCUUGGAAAAGAACAUUACUUUAACAAUUACAAAGAGGGAUUUUGUAUCGUAUACCUACUGAAAGGGAUAUGGAGGGAUUAUAUAUUGUAUAAAUAUAGUCUAUCAAUUUGAUUAUUAGUAUUUUGUGCAGUGCUUGUGCUGUAUAAUGUUUCAUGAUUUAUCAAUCUUUGAUGGACAUUUGAUGGACAACCUUUAGUUGUUAGUGUUAGCUAUUGUUGCAUGUGUGAUUUCCCCAGAUUUAAACAAUGUGAAAUCCAGAAAAUCCUUUCCUCACAUUUCUUUCAAAGAACAAAAUCUUUACAACAGAUUUAUUUCACAUUUGAGAGAGUGUGCGAGUGAGAGAGAAAUUUGCUUUGUCAUCGUACCGACAACAUCAAAAUAGCCUUUCAAGACUGAAGUCAGCAGGACUGUGUGUUAGUAUCAGCCAGACUUGUUGCUGUGUUACAGGGUAAAAUAGCCAUUCAUCCAGUUUGGAAAAGAGAAAACAGAACGUUCUGCUCCAUUGUUACACUCCCAUUGUAAAGUGGAAGGGUUCCAUUAUACUGUAUUAGAACACAACUGUACUUUAGAACUAGAAGAGACUCCACUAUCAAAAUAAGAAAUGAUGGUCAACUGUAUAGACACACACAGGCUGGGAUUAAUUCCAAUACUGUAUCAACACACAUAGGCUGGGAUUCAAUCCAAUACUGUAUCAACAAACAUAGGCUGGGAUUCAAUCCAAUACUGUAUCAACACACACAGGCUGGGAUUCAAUCCAAUACUGUAUCAACACACAUGGACUGGGAUUCAAUCCAAUACUGUAUAGACACACAUGGACUGGGAUUCAAUCCAAUACUGUAUAGACACACAUGGACUGGGAUUCAAUCCAAUACUGUAUAGACACACAGGCUGGGAUCCAAUCCAAUACUGUAUAGACACACAUAGGCUGGGAUUCAAUUCAAUACUGUAUAGACACACAGGCUGGGAUUCAAUUCAAUACUGUAUAGACACACACAGCCUGGGAUUCAAUCCAAUACUGUAUAGACACAUAGGCUGGGAUCCAAUCCAAUACUGUAUAGACACAGACACACAUGGACUGGGAUUCAAUCCAGUACUGUAAAGACACACACAGCCUGGGAUUCAAUCAAAUACUGUAUAGACACACACAGGCUGGGAUUCAAUCCAAUACUGUAUAGACACAGACACACAUGGACUGGGAUUCAAUCCAAUACUGUAAAGACACACAGCCUAGGAUUCAAUCAAACACUGUAUAGACACACAUAGGCUGGGAUUCAUUGGUCAGCCAGAAAAAUGUCUGACCAUGGCUUUGACCCCACUCUCCGAAGAUGUCUCAGGGGGAGUUGGGAUAUGCAACAAACACAUUCCAAUUCCCUCAAGUACACACUACAAGAGUUAGAUAAGACAAAUAUCAUACUAUAGUCACCAUGCUAGUGAGCCUGACCUGAAUGAUCUCAGGACUGUUUUAAUCUAUUAUCAUCAUGUCAGGUAUCAACAGUUUCUCUUUCCCUGUUAGGAAACAUGCUUAGACAUGUUGUCUUCAAAACAACAGCAAAAUACAUUCCAUACAGCUCCGGUAAAAGUCCAGAUAGGUAUCUAAAGAGAAAGAAGGAAAGACAUCGACUCAUGUGAGAUGUGUCACAAAUGGCAUCCUAUUCCCUUUAUUGUAGUUCACUAUAAAGUGAACAGGGUGCCAUUUGGGAAGAAACCUACAUGUACCUCCCACAACACAAUCCUCCUUCUUAAAGGCAAGAGAGUGACGCAUUCAACUUCACCUGGACAUCUGUGAGGCGGAGAAGAGAGCUGAAGUACCUUUCAUGGGAUGAACUUAAUUCCUCAAACAUGAGAUAGAAAAACCAGCAUGGCAGAUGAAUGUGUUCCUUUACUAAAGGAGGCAGAGACAUCAGACUUCAGUGAGCAUGGCUCCAUUCCUUUAUGGUUCUGUAGAAGGAAUCUACCUACAUGAAAGAUCGUCACCCUAUCCCGCUGAGAAUGACAGCCAUGCAGUUUUUAUUUCCACAGAUUCAGAACAGCCAGCUGAUCUGAGGAUAGUUUUGGUGGGAAAGACUGGAGCAGGGAAGAGUUCAACAGGAAACACCAUCCUGUGGAAAGAUGCCUUUACAGAAGAGGCCUCCCUUGUGUCUGUAACUGCAGAGUGUGAGAAACAGAGAGGAGUGGUGGAUGGGAGGAAGACUGAUGUCAUCGACACCCCGGGGCUCUAUGACACAACAAUGUCUAAAGAAGAGAUGAAAAGUGAAAUAGAAAAGGCCAUCUAUAUGUCAGUCCCAGGACCCCACGCCUUCCUGCUGGUGAUCAGACUGGGAAGGUUCACAGAGGAGGAGAGGAACACUGUGAAGUGGAUCCAGGAGAACUUUGGAGAAGAAGCCUCAAAGUACACCAUCUUGCUGUUCACUGGUAAAGAUCAGUUGAAGGGGAAAACAGUUGAGGAGUUUCUGAAUCCUUGUGUUGCACUCCAGGAACUGAUCAGAAGUUGUUGGGGAAGGUACCAUUGUCUCAAUAAUGAUCAGAAGGAUGACCGCCUUCAGGUCAAAGAGCUGCUGAAGAAGAUAGAAGAGAUGGUGAAGAUGAAUGGAGGAGAGCACUACACCAAUGAGAUGUACCAGGAGGCCCAGAGGAAAUUGAGAGAGGAGGAGGAGAGAAAGAAACAGGAGAUGGAGGAGGAGAGGAGGAGAAGGGAGGAGGAGUUACAGGAGCAAGAAAGGAGGAGACAGGAAGAAGAAAAGAGGAGACGGGAGGAAGAAAGGAGGAGAUGGGAAAGAGCAACAAGAGAAAAUAUUGCAAUAGGUUUAACUUCAGCAGCAGCUGUUGGGGCAAUAGUAGCUGGGACUACAGUACUUGUUGUAAUCCCAGUGGUUGUGGUAGCAAGACCAAUUAUGUUGGUUGGGGGAGCUGGUUUUGGUAUAGCAGCUAUUGUCAUUUGGGUAAAGAAGAGAAGACGGUAAGAAAACAGUACCACAGAUGGAAAUGAGCUACUAUACACAUCUUCAGAAACUAGUACAAUACUUACAAUAUUCAUGUUAAACAUGGUCCUUGAUGAAUUUAUAAACACAUUAGGUGAUAAAUAAUAGCAUGUAUACUGUAGGUGAUUAUGAAUAAAAAAAUCUGAUCAAACGUUUUGGGGUAAUUUAAUUAAUCUAUUUGUGAUUCAAAAAGGGUUAAAGAGGUAAACUUCUAAUGUACAUGGAAAUAUGGACAUUUUGUUAGACAAUUGUGUUUUUAAUCAUCUAUGAUUUUUUUAUAUACAUGUAUUCUACUCGGCUAAGGAAAUAUUCAAUGUAUUUUACAUUUGUCAAAUAAAAUCAAUUAAUUCA